AUGGCUUUCUCUUUCCCACACGUUUUCUCCCCGCAACGUGUUUUCUCACUGGUUCCAUUCCUCACCCACGCCACAGAGGACCAGCUGGAGCUCAAUAACAAGGCUUUUGGCCUCGUUUUGGUCAUGGCUGCCUGUUUCUCUUCAGGCUUUGCUGGUGUCUACUUUGAGAAGAUGCUCAAAGGCGCCACGGCUGGCAUCUGGAUUCUCAACGUUCAGCUUGCUUCAUUCUCUGUCGUCAUUGCUCUGACUGGCCUGCUCUACACCGAACGCGAAAACAUCGUGAGCAACGGUUUCUUCUACGGCUUCAGUGCAUGGACCUACACUGCCAUUGGUCUCCAGGCCAUUGGUGGCCUCGUCGUGGCCGUAGUUGUCAAAUACGCUGAUAACAUUCUCAAGGGCUUUGCCACAUCAAUAUCCAUCGUCAUUUCUUGUCUCCUGUCGGUGCAUUUCUUCGACUUUGUCGUCACAAACCGAUUUGGGUUGGGCACCGUCCUGGUUUUGGCCAGCUCCUACCUCUACGGAACUUGUCCCCCGGUGUCGCCCCGUACCACCAACGCGCAGCCCACCCUUAUCUCGGUAUCAACCGAGAAGAGGUGA